AUGACCAAACCGGCAGAGGGACCGCAGGCAUGUCCAAGUGUCCCCUCACGGGGGACGCGGCGGCGGGGCUGGAGCCCGCGGGACACGUCCGUCCCUCAGAGCCCCUCCCUCCGUCCCUUCCCUCGAAGAUCCCCCGCAGUGCUUGCUCAACCCGGCGCUGCCCGGCGCUUCCGCCGCUCUCUGUCCCCUCGCCCCCGCUGGGCGGCUCCGGGGCGAGGCCUGUCCCGCCUCUGCUGCCCUGCUCCAUAUAUGGCGGCGCGGGCGGCCCGCCGCAGCUCCCUCACCGCGCCCAGGAUGCUGCGGGGACCGGCGCUGCUGCUCGGCGCGCUGCUGUGGCGCCUGGCCGCCGCCGGCUAUGAAGAACUACCAAGAACAGUCAAUAUAACUUGGUCUUCAAUCAAUUUUAAAACUAUACUACAGUGGCAACCAAAACCAUCAGGCUACUUCUAUACUGUAGAAAUACAUGGACAGACAUCUGACGUAAAGAGAAAAUGCAUAUUGACUUCAGAAACAGAGUGUGAUGUUACUGAUGCACUCAGGAAUGUAAAGGAGACCUAUACAGCACACAUACUGUCUGUAAUGCCUGCAGAGAUGGAUAACUUUGAAGAGCCACCUUUUGUAGUCUCUGAAAAAUUUACACCUUAUAGUCAGACUGUUAUUGGAAAACCAGAGAUAAAGAAUUAUUCACAAGAUGGUUCCAAACUGAAUGUCGUGUUCAAAGAUCCACUUACACCAUAUGUAUUUCCUAAUGGAAGCUUUCAAAGUAUUCGAGAUAUUUUCCAGCAUGACCUAGAAUACAAACUCUAUUACUGGAAAGAUCAAAGUUCGGGAAAGAAAGAUAUAACGACAAAAAGCCAUAAUUUUGAAGUAAGUGUUGACAGCGGAAAGAACUAUUGCUUCUAUGUCCAGGGAAUCAUUCCCUCCCGCAGGGAAAACCGGAAUGGUAGAGAAAGCACAGUGCUCUGUACCAGUGUAGGAAGGAAUAUCUUAGAUGAGUAUGGAACAGAAGUCUUUAUCAUCUUAGCAGUGAUAGCAGUUGCAGUCAUCACUCUUGCCAUUGUCCUUCCAGUGGUUCUGUGUAAACGCAAGAAAGCAAAGAGAGCAAGAGCUGUGAGAGAAAAGGAGCUGCUUAAUGGUGUAUAAGGAAAAAGUAUUGCAGACACUAGUGGCAGUACCAAAGCAAAAAAAAACCUGAACAACAAAAAACCUAAAUUGGGUAAUUGGGUGGAGCCUUUUAGGCUCGCUGAAACAGGAAUUCUGAAGCCCAAACUUUAUGUGGAUUAAAAAAUCCACUAUACAGUACAGAUGAAAAAUCCAGACAGGAAGCCCUGCGUCAUUAGUAGCCAGAGGCUGGAAGAGUGUUCUGGUGAUCUGUUACAAGCAUAGAAUUAUAGGAUGUGCUGAGUUGGAAGGGACGCAUCAGGAUCAUCGAGUCCAAGUCCUGGCCCAGCACAGCACCAUCCCCAAGCACACCCCAUGCCUGAGAGCCUUGUUAAACAGCUUCUUGACCUCUGCCAGGCUGGUGCUGUGACCACUUCCCUGGGGAGCUUGUUCCAGUGCUCAAACACCCUCUGGGUGAAAACCUUUCCCCUGAUACCCAACUGAAACCUUCCCUGAUUCAGCUUCAUGCUUUUUUUUGAGUCCUGUCACUGGUCACGAGAGUGAAGAGAUUGGCACCUGCCCCUCUGCUUCCUUUGGUGAGGUUGUUGAAGACCACAAUGUCACCCCUCAGUCUCCUUUUCUCCAGGCUGAACAGACCAAAUAACCUCAACCACUCCUCAUGGCUUCCCUUCCAGACCCUUCACUAUCCUUGUUACCCUCCUUUGGACCCUCUCUUUUAUAUCGUGGCACCCCAAACUGCCCUGGCACUUGAGGUGAGGCUGCCCCAGUGCAGAGCAGAGGGGAUAAUCCCCUGCACUGCCUGACUGGCCAUGCUGUUCCUGAUCCCCCCAGGACAGGGAUAUCACGUCCUGGCUGCCAAGACACCGCUGGCUCAUGUCCAACUUUCCCUGGAUGAGGACCCCCAGUCCCUUUCCAUGGCACUGCUCUGCAGCCCCUCGUUCCCAAUCUGUCUGUACAGCCAGGGCUGCCCCAUCCCAGGUGCCAGAUCCUGCACUUUCCCUCAUGGAACUGCCUAGAGUUGGUGACUGCCUGUCUCUAAAUUGUCAAGGUCUCUGCAGAGAGAUUGCUCCCAGACUGUUCCCAAGCCCCUUCUAUUGUCCUGUCAAACAGGAUUCUGAACUAGAGGUACUUUUAACUUGAUCAGUAUGGCCUUAUUGAGCCAGAAGAUUUAUGGUACUUGUGAGGGGAAAACACACUACUUUUGAAAAAUAGGUGUCCUUUACCUAACUAAAAGGAACAUUUUUCUGUUUCUAUGAAACAAACCCUGUAUUUAUCUGCCUUUUAACAUUUUAACUAGUGAAAUGAUCUGUUAGUUCAGAUGUGACAAAAUUGCUACUAUUAUUUCUGCACUUCUCGGAUAAAAUUAACUUUGUUUAUCUUUGGAUAUAGACAAAGGUAAACAAAUUGAAACUACUGCACUGGCAACUUGUAAGAAACACUAUUGAAGCAGAUACUUGUUAUUUAUCUGGAGAGUAUAUCCAAUUACACUACACCUAGAGUUAUACAGACAGGGGAGUCUGAUGGUUCCAAGUAAGUGUUAGAACAAAUACUUUACAGGCUUUGAGUCAGUAGUAACUCACUUCAGUUAGCACUGAAUAGGAAGCAGUCCUUACUGCAUUUUGAACAUAAUUUUUAAUUAAACACUUGAUGAAUGCUUUCUGUGGUGGAGAUUCAAAUCAUCUUGGUGAUGGGAUUUGGAGAUAUCUGUUGCUUUGACUUUUAGUAUUUAUUUUAUAAAUGAGAAUCUAAUUUUUAUACUGGUGUUAUCUGUAUUUAUGGUGGUAAUUUAUACUUUUCUAGUGAAAUAAAGAUGACUGGAAACAUAA